AUGGCAAGAAAGAAAUUAAGAGAAUAUUCAACAAAAUAUAUUAUUAAAAAUAAUUUUGCAUUAUCAUGCAAUGGAUCUAAAUUAAAUUUAAAGAUGAUUCAAGUUUCACCAACAACACCAACUCUUAUUGAAUUAUCGAAAUCAAUUGAUAAUAUAUGGGUCAACAAUUCCAAACUCGUAGUUAAACCAGAUAUGUUAUUUGGAAAAAGAGGUAAAAAUGGUUUAGUUUUAUUAAAUGCAACUUUGGAAGAAGCCGAUAAAUUCAUUAAAGAGAAAAUAAAUAAACCAGUUGAAAUUGGAGGUAAAUCAGGAUUGGUUACUCAUUUCAUUGUUGAGCCAUUUUUACCACAUACCGAAGAAUACUACCUUUCAAUCACUGCAGAAAGAGAAUCAAAUAGAAUUUCAUUUUCAAAUUGUGGUGGUAUGGAAAUCGAAGAAAAUUGGGAUAAAGUCUCCUCAAUUGAAAUUCCAUAUGGUGAAUCAAUUGAUAAAUUUGAUUUACAUACAAUAAUUGAUUCUUCUGUACAAAAUAGAGAAUAUGUUAUUGAUUUUAUUAGAAAUGUUUAUAAAUUAUUUAAUGAUUUAUCAUUCCAUUUUAUUGAAAUGAAUCCAUUUACAUUAGAUGCAGAAGGUAAACCUUAUCCAUUAGAUGCAAGAGGUGAAGUUGAUGAAUGUGCAUCAUUUAAAUGUGGUGGUCGUUGGUUAGUUGAUGGCGAACCAGUUCAAUUUCCACAACCAUUUGGUAGAAGUUUAUAUCCAGAGGAAACCUAUGUAAAUGAAAUUGAUGAAAAAACAGGUGCAUCCUUGAAAUUAACUUUAUUAAAUCCAAAAGGAAGAAUAUGGGCAAUGGUUGCCGGAGGUGGUGCCUCUGUUAUCUAUGCUGACACUGUUGCUGAUUUAGGUUUUGGUAAUGAGCUUGGAAAUUAUGGUGAAUAUUCCGGUGAUCCAAAUGAAGAGGAUACUCAUAAAUAUGCAUGCACUUUAAUUUCAUUGGCAACCAGAAAUCCUGAUUCUAGACCAAGAGCAUUAUUAAUUGGUGGUGGUAUUGCUAAUUUUACUGAUGUGGCUGCCACUUUCAAAGGUAUCAUUAGAGCAAUUAAAGAGUAUCAUGAUGAUAUCAUUAAAUCAAAUCUUUCCAUUUUCGUUAGAAGAGGUGGUCCAAAUUAUCAAUCGGGUUUACAACAUAUGAGAGAAAUUGGUCAUAAAUUACAUAUCCCAAUCAAAGUUUUCGGUCCUGAAGUUAAUAUGACAAGUAUUGUUGCAAUGGCAAUCCAACAUAUUAAUGUACCUAUUGUUAAUCCUUUAAAACCACAAACAAAUAAUUUUUCACCAACUUUAAAUGGUGUUCAUUAA